GAAGGAGAAAAAACACCUCGUGCUGCCGUUCAGCAAAGGCAAAGAGAAGACCAAGGAGCACAAAGCUGGGAAAGGAGUUUUUUCAGCCAUGAAACUCGGCAAGACGCGCCCGGCGAAGGACGAGCAUCGGAAACAGGACGAACCCGCCGUCCUGGAGCCCGAGGAGCUGGACAGGAGAGCGCUGCGAUGCGGGGCGGGGCUGGAGCCCGACAGCGUGUCCCUGGCCUCUGUCACCGCUGUCACCACCAACGUGUCCAACAAGAGGUCCAAGCCUGACAUCAAGAUGGAGCCCAGCGCUGGCAGGCCCAUGGAUUACCAGGUCAGCGUCACGGUCAUCGAGGCCAGGCAGCUCGUGGGGCUCAACAUGGACCCCGUGGUGUGCGUGGAGGUGGGCGAGGAGAAGAAGUUCACGUCCAUGAAGGAGUCCACCAACUGCCCCUACUACAACGAGUACUUUGUCUUCGACUUCCACGUGCCCCCCGACGUCAUGUUCGACAAGAUCAUCAAGCUGUCCGUGAUCCACUCCAAGAACCUCCUGCGCAGCGGGACCCUCGUGGGCUCCUUCAAGAUGGACGUGGGCACCGUUUACACCCAGCCCGAGCACCAGUUCUAUCACAAGUGGGCGGCGCUGUCGGACCCCGAGGACCUCACGGCGGGGCUCAAGGGGUACCUCAAGUGCGACGUGGCCGUGGUGGGCAAGGGGGACAACAUCAAAACCCCCCACAAGGCCAACGAGACCGAGGAGGACGACAUCGAGGGGAACCUGCUGCUGCCCGAGGGGGUGCCGGCCGAGCGCCAGUGGGCCCGGUUCUACGUGCGCGUGUUCCGCGCCGAGGGGCUGCCCAGGAUGAACACCAGCAUCAUGGCCAACGUCAAGAAGGCCCUCAUCGGGGACAACAAGGACCUGGUGGACCCCUACGUGCAGGUGGUGUUUGCGGGACAGAAGGGCAAGACCUCAAUCCAGAAGAGCAGCUACGAGCCCGUGUGGAACGAGCAGAUCGUGUUCACCGAGAUGUUCCCCCCCCUGUGCAAGAGGAUCAAGGUCCAGAUCCGGGACUCGGACAAGGUCAACGACGUGGCCAUCGGGACCCACUUCAUCGACCUGAGGAAGAUCUCCAACGAGGGGGACAAGGGCUUCCUGCCCACCUUCGGCCCCGCCUGGGUGAACAUGUACGGCUCCACCCGCAACUACACCCUGAUGGACGAGCACCAGGAGCUCAACGAGGGGCUGGGCGAGGGCGUCUCGUUCCGGGCGCGGCUCCUGCUGGGGCUCUCGGUGGAGAUCCUGGACACCACCAACCCCGAGAUCAACAGCUCCACCGAGGUGCAGGUGGAGCAGGCGCCGGCCCCGCCCGAGAACUGCACCGGGAAGAUGGAGGAAUUCUUCCUCUUCGGGGCCUUCCUGGAGGCCACCAUGAUCGACAGGAGGAUCGGGGACAAGCCCAUCCACUUCGAGGUCACCAUAGGUAACUACGGCAACCAGGCGGACGGGGCGGGCAAGCCGGGCCCGAGGAGGAGGAAGGAGGGCGCGGACGGGGCCGAGGAGGAGGCGGAGCUGCUGCAGAAUUCCAGCGAGGACGAGGGCGACGAGGACGGGGAGCUGGUCUCUGUCUCUGCCUCUCCGCCCAUGAAGCCCCUGGUCACCGACAGGAACUACUUCCACCUGCCCUACCUGGAGAGGAAGCCCUGCGUGUACAUCAGGAGCUGGUGGCAGGACCAGCGGCGCCGGCUCUACAACGCCAACAUCAUGGACAAGAUCGCCGACAAGCUGGAGGAAGGACUCAACGACGUGCACGAGAUGAUCAAGACGGAGAAGCCGCACCCGGAGCGGCGGCUCCGGGGGGUCCUGGAGGAGCUCGGCGGGGGCUGCCUGCGUUUCGUGGCCCUGGCCGAGCGGGAGCAGCCGCACUCGGCGCGCACUCGGCUGGACAGGGAGAGGCUCCGCUCCUGCUCCAGGGAGCUGGAGGCGAUGGCGCAGCAGGCGCGGGCGCUGCGGCAGCAGGUGAAGAGGAACUCGGUGAAGGAGAAGCUGAAGCUGGUGCAGAACUUCCUGCACAAGCUGCGCUUCCUGGCCGACGAGCCCCAGCACAGCAUUCCCGACGUGUUCGUGUGGAUGAUGAGCAACAACAAGCGCGUGGCCUACGCCCGCAUCCCCUCCAAGGACCUGCUGCACUCCCUGGUGGACGAGGAGAUGGGCAAGGACUGCGCCAAGGUCAAGACGGUCUUCCUAAAGCUGCCCGGGAAGAGGGGCUUCGGCCCCGCCGGCUGGACCGUGCAGGCCAAGAUGGAGAUUUACCUGUGGCUGGGCCUCAACAAGCAGCGCAAGGACUUCCUGAGCGGCCUCCCCUGCGGCUUCGAGGAGAAGAAAAGCCCCCGGGGCCAAAACCUGCCCUCCUUCCCCCCCCUCAGCCUCCUCUACACCAAGAAGCAGGUGUUCCAGCUGAGGGCUCACAUGUACCAGGCCAGGAGCCUGUUCGCCGCCGACAGCAGCGGCCUCUGACCCUUCGCUCGAGUGUUCUUCAUCUCCCACAGCCAGUGCACCGAGGUGCUGAACGAGACCCUGUGCCCCACCUGGGACCAGCUGCUGGUGUUCGACAACGUGGAGCUGUUUGGGGAGGCCCAGGAGGUGAGGGACGACCCCCCCAUCAUCGUCAUCGAGAUCUACGACCAGGACACCGUGGGCAAGGCGGAUUUCAUGGGCCGCACGUUCGCCAAGCCGGUGGUGAAGAUGAGUGACGAGCGGUACAGCCCGCCCCGCUUCCCCCCCCAGCUCGAGUACUACCAGAUCUACCGCGGCAGCGCCACGGCCGGGGACCUGCUGGCUGCCUUCGAGCUGCUCCAGAUCGGCCCCGGGGGCAAGUCCGACCUGCCCCCCAUCGACGGCCCCACGGACGGGGAGCGGGGCCCCAUCCUGCCCGUGCCGCUGGGGAUCCGCCCGGUGCUGAGCAGAUACAGGGUGGAGGUGCUGUUCUGGGGGCUGCGGGACCUGAAGAGGGUGAACCUGGCGCAGGUGGACCGGCCGCGCGUGGACAUCGAGUGCGCGGGGCGGGGCGUGCAGUCCGCGCUCAUCCCCAACUACCGCCGCAACCCCAACUUCGCCACCCUCGUCAAGAGCUUCGAGGUGGAUCUCCCCGAGAACGAGCUGCUGCACCCCCCUCUGAACAUCCGCGUCGUGGAUUGCCGCGCCUUCGGCCGCUACGCCCUGGUGGGGUCCCACACCGUCAGCUCCCUGCGCCGCUUCCUCCUGCGGCCCCCGGACACGGCCGGACACCCCCGGGACAACGCCGGGGAGGUUGUGGUGAGCGUGGAGCCCGAGGUUCCCAUCCGGAAGAUGGAGACGGUGGUGAAGCUGGAAGCUAACUCGGACGCGGUGGUGAAGGUGGACGUGAGCGAGGAGGAGAAGAAGAAAAAGAAGAAGAAAGGAGGAGGAGGAGGAGGAGGAGGAGGGGAGGAGGUGGAGGAGGAGGAGCCCGACGAGAGCAUGCUGGACUGGUGGUCCAAGUACUUCGCGUCCAUCGAGACCAUGAAGGAGCAACUCCGGCAGCAGGAGGCGGCGGCGGCAGACGCAGAGGAGAAGGAGGAGAUGGAGAUUGGAGAGGGCUCCAAGGCUCAGGCCAAGCACAAGGACAAGCCCAAGGCACCCAAGGAGGACAAGAAGAAGAAGCAGCAGGCGGCCCCCGAGCUCCCUGAGAGGAAGAGCAAGCAGAAGGUUGAGGAGCUGAAGGUGUUCAACAAGGAGCUGGAGUCGGAGUUUGACGGCUUUGAGGACUGGCUGCACACCUUCAACCUGCUGCGGGGCAAGAUCGGCGACGACGAGGACACGGCCACGGAGGAGGAGCGGAUCGUGGGCAGGUUCAAGGGCUCCCUGUGCGUGUACAAAGUGCCGCUGCCCGAGGACGUGGCCAGGGAGGCCGGACACGACCCCGCGGCCGGGAUGUUCCAGGGCAUCCCCAGCAACGACCCCGUCACCGUCCUCGUCAGGGUCUACGUCGUCAGGGCCACCGACCUUCACCCGGCCGACAUCAACGGCAAAGCCGACCCCUACAUCGCCAUCAGGCUGGGCAAGACAGACAUCAGGGACAAGGAGAACUACAUCUCCAAGCAGCUCAACCCCGUCUUUGGCAAGUCCUUCGACAUCGAGGCCACCUUCCCCAUGGAGUCCAUGCUGACGGUGGCCGUGUACGACUGGGACCUGGUGGGCACCGACGACCUCAUCGGGGAGACCAAGAUCGACCUGGAGAACCGCUACUACAGCAAGCACCGCGCCACCUGCGGGCUGGCACACACCUACUCCACGCACGGCUACAACGCCUGGAGGGACCCCAUGAAGCCCUCCCAGAUCCUGUCCAAGCUGUGCAAGGAGGGCAAGGUGGACGGGCCGCACUUCGGGCCGGCGGGGAGGGUCAGAGUGGCCAACAGGGUCUUCACCGGCCCCGCGGAGAUCGAGGAUGAGAACGGCCAGAAGAAGGCGUCGGAGGAGCCGGUGGCACUGGUGGCCCUGCGGCACUGGCAGGACGUGCCCCGCGCCGGCUGCCGCCUCGUCCCCGAGCACGUCGAGACACGGCCCCUGCUCAACCCCGACAAACCCGGCAUCGAGCAGGGGCGCCUGGAGAUGUGGGUGGACAUGUUCCCCAUGGACAUGCCGGCGCCCGGCCCCGCCAUCGACAUCUCUCCCAGGAAACCCAAGAAGUACGAGCUGCGGGUGAUCGUGUGGAACACGGACGAGGUGAUCCUGGAGGACGACGACUACUUCACCGGCGAGAAGUCCAGCGACAUCUUCGUCAGGGGGUGGCUGAAGGGUCAGCAGGAGGACAAGCAGGACACCGAUGUCCACUACCACUCGCUCACCGGGGAGGGCAACUUCAACUGGAGGUACAUCUUCCCCUUCGACUACCUGAUGGCCGAGGAGAAGAUCGUCAUCUCCAAGAAGGAGUCCAUGUUCUCCUGGGACGAGACCGAGUACAAGAUCCCGGCCCGGCUCACCCUGCAGGUCUGGGACGCCGAUCACUUCUCGGCCGACGAUUUCCUGGGGGCCAUCGAGCUGGACCUGAACCGCUUCCCCCGGGGGGCCAAGACGUCCAAGCAGUGCAGCCUGGAGAUGGUGACCAAGGAGGCCGAGCUGCCCAUGAUCUCCAUCUUCAAGCAGAAGAGGGUGAAGGGCUGGUGGCCCUUCGUGGCCAGGGACGAGAAUGACGAGCUGGAGGUCACGCCGGCCGGACACGUCCUUCAUCUGGUUCCUGAACCCGCUCAAGUCCAUCAAGUACCUCAUCUGCACCCGCUACAAGUGGCUCAUCAUCAAGAUCGUGCUGGCCCUGCUGCUGCUCGUCAUGGUCGCCCUGUUCCUCUACAGCAUGCCGGGCUACAUGGUCAAGAAGCUGCUGGGAGCCUGAGGGACCGGAGCCUCUCCCACCUCCCAGCCCUGCCGGGCUCCACGGCCUUCUCCUCCCCACAGCCCUGGGCAGCUCGGGGGGCAUCAUCUCCUCCCCACAGCCCUGGGCAGCUCAGGGGGCAUCAUCUCCUCCCCACAGCCCUGGGCAGCUCGGGGGGCAUCAUCUCCUCCCUGCUGCUGCUGCUGCUGCUGCUGGGCCCUCUCCUUCAGUCCUCCUCUGGUGCCCUUCAGGCUCCACUCCCAGGGGUGUGGGGCUGGGAUCAAUCCCGAGGCUGUGCAGCCCUGGCUGGGGCUGGGAUCAAUCCCGAGGCUGUGCAGCCCUGGCUGGGGCUGGGAUCAAUCCCGAGGCUGUGCAGCCCUGGCUAGGGCUGGGAUCAAUCCCGAGGCUGUGCAGCCCUGGCUGGGAUCAAUCCCGAGGCUGUGCAGCCCUGGCUGGGAUCAAUCCCGAGGCUGUGCAGCCCUGCCUGGGGCUGGGAUCAAUCCCG